AUGAACAACACAAGUGAACCCUACGCCGAACCUGAUAUCAUCUCUAAUGAAGCGCAGUACAUGAUCAACCUCUGGCUUAUGGCUGUAGCCACAACCGUCGCAGCCAUCCCAGCCAUGAUCACAAACUACAUCAACGUGAUCGUCUUCAUACGUCAGGGUCUAAAAGAGCACGUGAAUUUCACGCUGUUUUAUUUGUCCAUCAGCGACUUACUCAUGGCUGUGAGUGUGUUGGGGUACUCACUCUUAUACUGUGGAAAAGUUUCCCUGCUUCCGAGCACCAUUGAGUACGAGUCUUUCAUCGGUUUGUUUGUAUGGAUGCGGUGUUUAUUCGCGGAUUUAUCCUCCGCGUUGACGGUGUUUAUUUCCACUGUAAGAUGUCUAUGCGUGACUCUACCUUUUAAGUUUAAUUCUUCUUUCACUUUGAAGAAAACGCAGAUCAUCAUAGCGAUUAUAACUUUAUUUGUUUUAGUGGAUUAUGUCCCGAUUUUGGGGACGAUAGAACUUGUUGGGGAUUUAGACGAAAAUGGUGUUGUUAUAUACAGGCUUGUGUAUUCGGAAGUGAAUUUUAUAAUGAGCAGGGUCAAUGAUUACUUGUUUGGGUCUAUCCUAGCCGGAAUGUGCCAGUUUUGCGUGUUCGUCUGCGCCGUGUUAAUGUUACGAGGUCUUCGGAAAUCUUCGGAAGUCCGAGAAAACACGAGGAAACUUCAGUCGAAGAAGGACUCCGGCAAGCAGACGGCGCAGGUGUUGUCGACGAAGGAGAAGCGCGUGGUGAAGAUGGUGCUGAUGAUGGCGUGUCUGUACCUGCCAGCCAGCGUCCCGCAGAUCACGGCGUCGCUCGCGCGCGUGCACGUGCCGGGCCUCGUUCUGGGCACCUACACCAACGCCUGUGACACCAUUGUGGGCGUUGUGCUGUUCUGCUCCACCGUCUAUGCCUCCGUCAACAUCUUCAUCUACCACACUUUCAGUACCAACUUCCGGUUAAAUUUCAUCUGCCGUAAAAGCAAAUAG